AUGGGUCGUACUACCAUUGUCGUAGCUCAUCGUCUUUCUACGAUUCGCAAUGCCGACUUAAUUUUGACCAUGAAAACUCAUUCAGACAUUGUUGAAAUGGGUACACACAGUCAACUUAUACUCAAAAAGGGUCAUUAUUUUCAACUCGCGCAAGCACAACAGCAAGAUCCGAAUUCGGAUACGCAUGAUGAAGAAAUCUUCUGUGAUAAUCAAUCGGUUCAGGAAGCUGGUGAACCAGAAUGGGUUUAUAUUCUUUUUGGCACAUUUGCUUCAAUGUUGGCUGGUGCUACUGCACCAGUGGUCGGUAUUAUUUUCUCAUCUCUCUAUCACCAAUAUGCCAACACUGAUCUUGCUAAUCAAGUUCGUCAAACGCGCAACCUUGCUGUGAUUAUGAUCUGCCUGCACAUAGCUGGUGGUAUCUUUACUUGGGCUACUACAUGGGCCUUUGCGAUCUCAGGCGAGCGACUGACUCGGCGCAUGCGUCUUGCUGCUUUUGCAGCUGUGCUUCGACAAGAAGUCGGUUGUGUUUUCAUCGUCAUUACCUUUGCUGCUACAGCAUUUGGUCAAAGCACAGCAAUGAUGCCUGAAUAUUCAAAAGCUCGAACAGCAGCUAUUCGAAUUUUCGCGUUGAUCGAAAGGCGCUCGGCCAUUGAUCCUGACAAUGACGAUAAUAAUGGUGUCAUAUUGCCACUUGACAAUAUUGAAGGAGCAGUUGAAUUCAAAAAUGUUCAUUUUUCUUAUCCGACACGCUCUAAAAAAUUGGUACUGAAAAAUUGUUCAUUCAAGUGUGCUCCACUCUCAUCAACUGCAUUGGUUGGUAAAUCAGGUCAUGGAAAAUCGACUGUCAUUAGUCUUCUUCUACGAUUCUACGAUCCUCAACAAGGUUCAAUUCUACUAGAUGGCUAUGAUUUACGAUCUCUCAAUCUAAGAUGGCUACGAUCAAUUAUUGGCAUCGUUCAACAAGAACCUGUUCUUUUCGAUUUCAACAUUCGCGAUAAUAUUGCUUAUGGCAUGCUUGAUCGUACAGUAACCGAUGAAGAAAUCCAUCAUGUUGCUAAACUUGCCAAUAUUCAUGAUACGAUCAUCAGUAUGCCGAAAGUGAGUUGUUAUAACUCUUUCGCUGGUGAAUAG